GUUUUACCGCGAAACAAACUGUCAGAGCUACCGCCAUUUUAUUUACUUUUUUUAAAAUGAAUUCAAAGUUAGCAUCCGUUCUAUUGGCGUACUGCCUUUUCCACUAUUUGACCGGGGCUGAGGGUUCAUUUAUAAAACCUAAUAAUGUACCAAGGGUUGGAAGAAGUAAUGAAGAAAUUAAUCCGUUCGACCAAGGAUCUAUGGGUUAUGUUAUCAAAACAAAUAAGAAUAUACCACGCAUGGGCAGAAGGAAUUUUGACUCGGAAAAUCGCUAUGACAUCCCCAAAUUCUAUCAGCUUCCUUCAGAAAAAUAUGAUGUUUAUGAAGGGGAACAGCAAGAAUACAGUCAAAUCCCGAUAGAAGCCUUCUAUCCUAAACAAAUGGAAAACCUAAGACGAUAAUUUAGGUUCAAAUUAAACGAGGAA